AUGGGCUUUACUUAUGCCCUUCCUGAUUAUGUCCAUGAUGUUUCGAAUCCAACUAACACCACUGGCACAUUGGUGGCCACAACUACCGAAGAGAUUGAUGAAGAUGCCGAUGGAACUGAAGAGGAACCACCCAGUGACGCGAAUGCCUACUUAAGACAAGUACUUGGAGAUGAAGAAGAUAUAGAGAUUGUUCUCAAUGAAGAACCUCCUCCUAACACCGCCAAUGCUGCAGUUUUGUACCAGAUUGAGUUGGAGGAAACUGCUGAAUUAGCGGCGACCAAUGACAGGAUGCACCAAGAGUUGGUCCGAUCCGAAUUGGCCAGACUACUACCAGAUACAAAUGGCAAAGAGAGUACUAGCGAUGCAUUCAAGCAACUCUCUAAUCAUCAAGCAUGGUUUCCUCUUCGCUCUCCAUCCAGCAGUAGCCCUGAAACUGACGUUGAUAAGGCAGAAGCAGCACUGUUCCACGAGUGGUCACCAACCUACAAUAUCGAUGUCGCCACAGGGCCUCAAAGUUAUCAUGCCUUUGCCCGUGCCUGGAAUAUUGAAGCUGCCAAUCGAUUCAGAGCGUGGAGUCAAGGAGAUGAGGAGGUUGUUCAAAUUCGGCCCAAGAAUAGGGAGUUCCUUGUGCAACACUACAAGGAUGGACUUGCAUAUGAGGCGUUGUGCCGAACAGCGCCACGAAAUGACCUGCAUCAGCUAGUGAUGGAGUCAGGUCCAUCCAUGUUGGGAGGUGUCAUUACCCUGAAGGAUACUUUGACCAUUGGAUAG